ACCUCCGACAAUAUCAAAAUCAUUUUUCCAUAAACUUUAUUGAUUGAUUUGAACAACACUUCUACCAUCACACUGUCUCCUCCAAUCUGAUGAGGUAUACCUUCACGGUGAACGCACUAUACUUUGCCCUCAGUUUUGUCAUCAUCGUUACCGGUCUUCGACUUCCUCUUUCCGUGAUAAGACACAAUGGCGUCUGGAACUCUGUACACGUACCCAGAGAAUUUCCGAGCUUACAAGGCCCUGAUUGCGGCCCAGUACUCCGGUGCUCAAGUGAAAAUUGCUGAGAACUUUGUUUUUGGAGAGACAAACAAAUCUGAAGGUUUUUUGAAGAAGUUUCCUCUUGGAAAGGUACCAGCAUUUGAAUGCAAAGAUGGAAAGUAUCUCACAGAGAGCAAUGCAAUUGCCUACUAUGUGGCAAAUGAGCAACUUCGAGGAAAGACUGAAGCAGAACGUGCUGAGGUGAUUCAGUGGUUCGGUUUUGCUGACUCCGAGAUUCUUCCUGCUAGUUGUGCUUGGGUGUUCCCACUUCUGGGAAUAAUGCCAUACAGCAAACAGCUCAUUGAACAUGCUAAGGAGGAUGUGGGAAAAGUACUAACUGCCCUUAACGCCCAUCUCCUCUCCAAAACCUACUUAGUCGGUGAGCGUAUUACCCUUGCUGACAUCAGUGUAGCAAUGACACUUCUCCAUCUAUACCAGUACGUUCUGGAGCCGAAACUUCGUCAGCCUUAUCAGAACGUUAACAGGUGGUUCCAGACUAUUGUGUAUCAACCAGAGACAGUUAAAGUCAUCGGUACUUUUAAAUUAGCCGAUAAUACUCUGGAGUAUGACCCAAAGAAGUUCGCUCAGCAACAAGGAAAGUCAAAGAAAGAGAGAGAAGAGAAAAAAGAAGCUCACAAGUUGGAAAAGGAGGAGGUAACUGAGGACCUUGAUGCUACUGACGUCGCACUGGCUGCGGAACCUAAAACCACAGAUCCUUUCUCUGUUUUACCCAAAGGUACCUUCAAUAUGGACGACUUCAAACGGUGCUACUCCAAUGAAGAUGAGACUGUAUCAGUUCCCUAUUUUUGGGAGAAAUUUGACGCCGAGAACUAUAGCAUUUGGUUCGGCGAGUACAAGUAUAACGAGGAGUUGACCAAAACCUUUAUGUCUUGUAAUCUCAUCAGCGGUAUGUUCCAACGUCUUGACAAGAUGAGAAAAGGUGCAUUCGCUAGUGUCUGCCUAUUCGGAAGUGACAACGAUAGCUCUAUUAGCGGUGUUUGGGUUUGGCGUGGACAAGAUCUGGCAUUCACAUUAAGUCCGGACUGGCAAAUUGAUUAUGACUGUUACAAUUGGAAAAAACUUGACCCAAAGGAUCCAACAGCGAAGGAUCUCAUCGACAAAUACCUCAGUUGGACAGCUAGCGAUAGCAAGGGGCGCAAGUUCAAGGAGGGCAAGAUUUUUAAAUAAAAUCCGUCUUACGCUUUACAAGAACAAGGACAAAUCUUUAUUCAACACGAAAUAAACAUUGCAAAGUAAUAAUACCAUCAAA